AUGGAGAAGCCAACAGCGGCUCCCUCAUAUAGUAAAAGUACUUUCCUAACUGUCUCGCUCUCUCUAAUUCUAUCUAUCUAUCUAUCUAUCUAUCUAUCUAUCUAUCUAUCUAUCUAUCUAUCUAUCUAUCUCAGCCUUUCACAUCUAUCUAUCUAUUUAUCUAUCUAUCUAUAUCAGCCUUUCACAUCUAUCUAUCUAUCUAUCUAUCUAUCUAUCUAUCUAUCUAUCUAUCUAUCUAUCUAUCUAUCUAUCUCAGCUUUUCACUUCUAUCUAUCUAGCUAUCUAUCUAUGUAUCUCAGCCUUUCAUAUCUAUCUAUCUAUCUAUCUCAGCCUUUCAAAUCUAUCUAUCUAUCUAUCUAUCUAUCUAUAUAUCUCAGCCUUUCACGUCUAUCUAUCUAUCUAUCUAUCUAUCUAUCUAUCUAUCUAUCUCAGCUUUUCACUUCUAUCUAUCUAGCUAUCUAUCUAUGUAUCUCAGCCUUUCAUAUCUAUCUAUCUAUCUAUCUCAGCCUUUCAAAUCUAUCUAUCUAUCUAUCUAUCUAUCUAUAUAUCUCAGCCUUUCACGUCUAUCUAUCUAUCUAUCUAUCUAUCUAUCUAUCUAUCUAUCUCAGCUUUUCACAUCUAUCUAUCUAUCUAUCUAUAUAUCUAUCUAUCUAUCUAUCUCAGCUUUUCACUUCUAUCUAUCUACCUAUCUCAGCCUUUCAUAUCUAUCUAUCUAUCUAUCUAUCUAUCUAUCUCAGCCUUUCAAAUCUAUCUAUCUAUCUAUCUAUCUAUCUAUCUAUCUCAGCCUUUCAAAUCUAUCUCAGCCAUUCACAUCUAUCUAUCUAUCUAUCUAUCUAUCUAUCUAUCUAUCUAUCACAGCCUUUUACAUCUAUCUAUCUAUCUAUCUAUCUAUCUAUCUAUCUAUCUAUCUAUCUAUCUAUCUAUCUCUCAGCCUUUCACAUCUAUCUAUCUAUCUAUCUAUCUAUCUAUCUAUCUAUCUCAGCCUUUCACAUCUAUUUAUCUAUCUAUCUUUCUUUGAAUUUUAUUUUUUUCUCUCGCUGCCUCUCUCUCCCUCUUCCUCUCCCUGCCUCUCUCACCCUCUUCCUCUCUCUCUGCUUUUCUCUCUCUGCUAACUCAUCUUUCUCUCUCUGGCUCUCUCUCUGCCUCUCUUUCUCUCUUCUUCUUUCUCUCAGCCUCUCACUCUCUCUCGCUCUCUCUCUGCCUCCCUUUCUCUCUGCUUCUUUCUCUCUGCCUCUCUCCCUCUUCCUCUCUCUCUUCCUCUCUCUCUUUGCCUCUCUUUCUCUCUCUGCCUCUCUCUCUGCCUCUUUUUCUCUCUGCCUCUCUCUCUUUCUUCCUCUUUCUCUCUGCCUCUCUCUCUCUAGCUUUCUCUCUCUGACUCUCUCUCUGCCUCUCUCUCUCUCUCUGCUUCUUUCUUUCAGCCUCUCUCUCUCUCUGCCUCUCUCCCUCUUCCUCUCUCUCUGCUUCUCUCUCUCUCGCUCUCUGCCUCUCUUUCUCUCCCUGCCUCUCUCUCCCUCUUCCUCUCUCUCUGCCUCCCUUUCUCUGCAUCUCUUUCUCUCUCUGCCUCUCUCUCCUGCUUCCUCUUUCUCUCUCUCUGCCUCCCUUUCUCUGCAUCUCUUUCUCUCUCUGCCUCUCUCUCCUGCUUCCUCUUUCUCUCUCUCUGCCUCUCUUUCUCUCUGCCUCUCUUUCUCUCUGCCUCUUUCUCUCUGCCUCUCUCUCACACUGUCUCUCUCUGCCACUCUCUCUCUCUGCCUCUCUCCCUCUUCCUCUCUCUCACUGCCUCUCACUGCCUCUCACCCUCUUCCUCUCUCUCUGCCUCUCCUUCUUCCUCUCUCCCUCUUCCUCUCUCUCUCUGCCACUCUCCCUCUUCCUCUCUCUCUCUCUUCCUCUCUGCUAACUCAUGCAAUGAGACCUAUCUAUCUAUCUAGCUAUCUAUCUCACUUUACCGCGCAGAAAUUAGGCAAAUAA